UUUGUAUAGUGAAGGAUCGGCAUUUUCCAUUUUGACGUCGCGGAGGAAGCGCGGAAGAUGGCUCGCAAUGAGAAUCCCUUCGACAUGCAGAUCAAGCUCCUCAUGAUCGGCGACAGCGGCGUCGGCAAGACGUGCUUGCUCCUGCGCUACGCCAACGACUCGUUCUCGCCGACCUUCAUCACGACGAUUGGCAUCGACUUCAAGGUCAAGAACAUUGAGCUCGACGGGAAGAAGAUCAAGUUGCAGAUUUGGGACACGGCAGGGCAAGAGCGGUUCCGGACGAUCACGACCUCGUACUUUCGGGGCGCGCAGGGUAUCCUGCUCGUGUACGAUGUCACGGACCGAGCAUCGUUCAACAGCAUCCGCAACUGGGUCGGCCAGAUCCAGCAGCAUGCGGACGUGCACGUCAACAAGAUUCUCGUCGGCAACAAGUGCGAUAUGCUCGACGACAAGGUCGUGAGCACCGAGGAAGGCCAAGCGCUCGCGGACGAAUAUGGCGUCAAGUUUUUCGAGACGAGCGCCAAGAACAACAUCAACGUCGAGAGCGGCUUCAUCGAGAUCGCGAACGAAGUCAAAACGCGCUUGAUGGAAGAGGGCGGGCCCCACAAGAAGGAGAUUGUCAACCUCGGCGGCGCCAAGACUGCGGCCGCCAAAGGCAACGCCAAAGGAUGUUGUUAAAUACCUUUAUCUAUUAGCUCGAACACCCCUCGACGACCUUCUGCCAUCGAUACUGCCCGUAGUACACGAUCUUCCAUCGAUACCCGUGAAUGAUGAUGAUGAUGAUGGAUCUUCCACGCUCGUCUCUUUAUCGCA